AUGGACCUGAACAUCAAGCAAAGUGGAAUACAUUCGUGUAUUUUGCACACUUCCUACUUCAAAAAUCGCUCCGGAAAAGUGCACAAAAGAACUGCGGAACGAUAUUUGAGAACCGAUAUUCCAUGCGGACUUUUUGAAUGCAAAUCCUGCGCGCCUUUCGAAAAUGGUCAACUUCUCAAAUCUCCCCAAAACAUCCACUCGAAAUUCCACGAAAAACACGUGUUAAUCAUCGAUUCCACGUCAUUCAUCAGAUUCUACGAUUUAUUCGAUUCCCCACUUCUACAGAAUAUUUUGAUCAUUCAAACUGUUUGGGAAGGCGUCAAAUCGAAAAGUUUAGCGGCUUAUAAGAAAAUGUUGGCUUUAACUAAAGAAGAAGCUGAAAAACAAGAAAAUAAAGGGAGAUUUCAUGUUUUUCACAAUGAAUAUCAUUUUGAAACAUUCCAUGAAACUACGAAAUAUGAGGAUUUGAGUAGAGGAGAGGAAUUGUUGAUGGAAACUGCGAAAUAUUUGGAAAAGCAUUGGGAGGAGUAUAAUGUUGAGGCGGUGCUGGUUGUGGCGGAUGAGGAAUCGAAAAAGAGGAUGGAAAUUCAUUAUGAGAAAGUUGUGACGUUGAAGGAGUAUAUUCAAGGUAAGAUUUAUUCGAGAGCACAAAAAUGAGCCAAAAAUUGAGAAAAUUCUCGAUUUUUUGCUCAUUUUUGUGCUGAAAAUGAUCUAAAUGGGAUUUUUUCCAAGACAUUAGGAUUUUUGAAGAUUUGAGGAAUAAAAAAUUCAAAAAUUUCACAUUUUUGGCCCCAAAUUUGUUUUGAAUUUUGAAAUUUUGGAAUUUUCAGCACUGCAAUUCGAGAAUUUCCAGAAAAUUCUCGAUUUUCAGCUCAUUUUUGUGCUGAAAAACUGUACGAAAACAAAAUUUAUUAGGAUUAUUUUUGAUUACUGCCGAGAAGUAUAAUCAUUACGGGCUAUCCUGGAAAAUGCAAUAAAUCAAUUUUGAAACGUAAUUUUUCGAGGUUGGAAUUUCAGAUAAAACUUUUCUUUAAUCUGAGCAGUGUAAUCUAGAAAUUUUAUGACGUGGCAGGAUUUUUCACAAGAAAAUCCUGCUAUAUCACAUUGCUCAGAUUAAAGAAAUUUUUUUCCGAAAAUCUCACCUCGAAAAAUUACGUUUUAAAAUUGAUUCAUCGCAUUUUCCAGGGUAGCCCGUAAUGAUAAAGAGUAAAUCUCAGAAAUCAAAAAAAAAUCCUAAUAAAUUUUGUUUUUGUACAAUUUUUCAGCACAAAAAUGAGCCGAAAAUCGCGAAUUUUCUGAAAAUUUGAACUUGCAGGGCUGAAAAUUUCAAAAUUCAAAAAUUCAAAACAAAUUUUUGGCGUGAAAAUGCCACAUGAAUUUUUGUGGCCAAAAAUUUGAAAAAUUUGAAUUUUUUUCGCUUCGAAUUUUCAAAAAUCCCAAUUUCUUGGAAAAAAUCCCAUCAGCACAAAAAUGAGCCGAAAAUCGCGAAUUUUCUGAAAAUUUGAAUUUGCAGGGCUGAAAAUUCCGAAAUUUAGAAAUUCAAAACUAAUUUAGGGCGUGAAAAUGCCACGUGGAUUUUUGUGGCCAAAAAUUUGAACAUUUUGAAUUUUUUAUUCCUCAAAUCUUCAAAAAAAAAAAUAAUUUCCAAAAACUUGGAAAAAAUCCCAUUUCGACCAUUUUCAGGCUGAAAAUGAGCCAAAAAUCGCGAAUUUUCUGAAAUUCUAAAUUUUCAGGGCUGAAAAUUCAAAAAUUCAAAAAAAUUUGGGGCCAAAAAUUUUGAAUUUUUAUUCUUCAAAUCCUAAUUUCUUUCAAAAAAAUCCCAUUCCGCCCAUUUUCAGCCCAAAACUUUUAAAUUUCCAGGCCUCCACUCAGAAACCCGCCAAGGCCUAUUGGACCAAAUGUCGGCCUACGAAUCCACACCAACUUCCAACAAACCCUCAGUUUUCGCCGAACAUCUCUCAAGUGAUCUCAUCGAAGCCGGAAUCAAAGCCGGAACCAUCAAACGUGGCACAUUCAGUGUCUCCAGGGAGAAUUACAUGGAGGCCAGCGUGAUUAUCGAUGAGAAUUUGACGUCGUGGUUUAUUUCUGGAGCAAAUUGUAAUCGCGCGGUGAACGGGGAUACUGUAGCUGUGCAAUUGUUGGAUGAAGCUGAAUGGAUUGCACCGGAGAAGCGGAUAAGGUUGAGAGAUGUUGAGGAAUAUGUGAAGAAUGCUGAGGAGAUGGAUGAAGCUGAAGGUGAAGCUGGAGAGCCGAGGAGCAAAAAAGCUAGGAAGAAUGUUGUGCCAACUGCGAAAGUUGUGGGAAUUAUCAAACGAAAUUGGCGGCAAUAUUGUGGAAUGCUUUUGCCGAGUUCGAUUAAAGGCGCAAGACGCCAUUUGUUUUGCCCAGCGGAGCGGUUGAUACCAAGAAUUCGAAUUGAGACCGAGCAAGCGGAGAUUCUGUGUGAGCAGCGGAUUAUUGUUGCGAUUGACCAUUGGCCGCGCGAUUCGAAAUAUCCAUUGGGACACUAUGUGCGAACGAUUGGGGAGAUGGGAAAAAGUGAGACGGAGAAUGAGGUGUUGCUCCUGGAGCAUGAUAUUCCGCAUGCGCCAUUCUCCGACGCGGUUUUGGAUUGUCUUCCGCGGGACAGUUGGCAACCGGAUUUGUCGGAUGAGCGCCCCAGGGUUGAUUUGAGACAUUUGACGAUUUGUUCGGUGGAUCCGUUGGGUUGUACGGAUAUUGAUGAUGCGUUGCAUUGUAGGGAGAUUGGAGAGGAUUUGUUUGAGGUGAGGGAGUUUUGAGGGGAAAGAUUUUAAUUUUUAAAAUUUUUAAGUCAAAUUUACCUUCAAUUUUCAUCGGUUUCAGGGAAAACUGUUCAAUUUGAGGUAGAUUUUGUUUCAAAUUUAUGUUUUUUUCCUGAAGAAAUCGAUGAAAAUUUAAGAUUUUCUCUGAAAAAUUGAAAAAUUUCGAAGUUUUCCUUGAAACUUACCAAGUUUCUUUAAAAAAAACGCGAAAAACGUGGAUUUUCUGGGAAUUUUGCGGGGAAAUCUCAAUUUUCAUCGAUUUCUACAGGGAAAACACUCAAUUUUGUUUUAAAAAUCGAAAUUUGUUUUUUGUCGCUUUCCCUGUAGAAAUCGAUGAAAAUCAAAUUUUGAAAAAGUUUAUUUUCGGAAUAUUUAGUUCUGAAAUUUCAAAUUUUCUGAAAAAUUGAAAAUUUUAAAGUUUUCCCUAUGAAAAUUGAUGAAAAAUUUGAGAUUUUUCUGAAAAAUGAGGAAAUUCUGAAACAGUUUAGUUUAGCCUAGCUAUUUUUCCUGAAAUAUUAGAGUUUCCUGAAUUUUUGGUGAAAGCUUAAUUGCUCUAAUUCUAAUUAUCUAAAAAUGCGGAUUUUCAGAAAAUUUCGGUCGAAAAAUUGAAAAAUUUCAAGUUUUCCCUAUGGAAUUUGAUGAAAAUUUGAGGUUUUUCGAAAUAUUUUCAAGCUUAGAUAUAUUUCCCUGAAAUAUCAGAAUUUUCUCAAUUUCCCAAAAUUUUCAAAGUAAAACUCUGAAACCAGAGAAAUCUGAAAUUUAGUGUCAAAAAUCUAGAAUCUUCAAAAUAUCUUAUUUUUACAUUAGACAAAUUUGGACUCAAAAUUCUAAUUUUUUAAACCAAAAAAAAAAUACGUUUCGAAAUUUCGAUAAAAUUUUUUUUCAAAUUUUUAAGUAUCCGAGCCUAGAAAACCUAGUUUUCAAGGAUCCGUGCCUUGAGAACCUAAUUGUCAAGGAGCCACCCCUUGAGAUCCGCUAUGGCAAGCAGCCGCUCCUUGAGAGGCUAGUUUUUAAGUAGCCGCGCCUAGAGAACCUAAUUUUCAAGUAGGUAUUGCAAUUUUGAGAUUUGAAGCGAAAUUUGAAUGAAAAUUUUGAAAAAAUUGAGAAUUUCAUGGUUUAAAAAUUCAGGUUGGUGUUCAUAUCGCUGACGUCACUCACUUCGUCCGCCCAAACACAGCAAUCGACGACGAAGCCGCAAUCCGCGGAACUACCGUAUACCUCUGUGAUCGUAGAAUUGACAUGCUUCCCGCACUUUUAUCAAGUAAUUUGUGUUCUUUACGAGGAGAAGAAGAGCGAUACGCAUUUUCGUGUAUUUGGACAAUGACAUCAAAUGCUGACAUUCAAUCUGUCAAAUAUCACAAAUCAUUGAUUAAAUCGAAAGCUGCGUUAACUUAUGAGAAAGCGCAGGAAAUUAUUGAUGAUCCAAAGGAGAAUCAUGACGUGGCGCAAGGUUUGAGAGGAUUGAUGAAGUUAUCGAAAGUACUGAAUGCGAGAAGAAUGGGAAAUGGAGCAUUGACAUUGGCUUCGAGUGAAGUGAGAUUUGAGAUGGAUUGGGAAUCGAAGACACCAAAGGUAGGGGGGUUUUUGAGAUUUUUGAAAAAGUGGUUUUCUCCUGAUCAACUUCUAAUAGAAGUUAUGACGUGGCAAAGUUUGAAAAUCCGGAUUUUUGGAUUUUGAGCUAAUUCAAGCUGAUGAAUUUAGGCUAACUUUUGAAAAUACAUGUUUUCUAGUAGUUUUUGACCCGCUGAUCACUAUUCCGAUGUUUAAAAUUGCAAAAUUCAACUUCUAAUAUGAGUUAUGACGUGGCAAAGUUUGACGUGGCACCGUAAAAUUCGUGAAAUUUUUUUGUUACUCAAUCUUUUUUCACUGAAAAACAGCAAAAAUUGGGAAUUUGGUAACUUAUCGUAACUUCCAUCAAAAAAUUAAUUAAUGAAUCAAAAUUUUAUUUAAAAAAUUUUGUGUUAUAAGGUCUUACUGUAUAAAAUUUGUUAAGAAAACUGAAAAAAAUUAAAAGCUUUUGAGAUUUUUUAUUCUGCAAAAAUCAACUCCUGAGGCUGAUUUUCAACUUUUAAUAUGAGUUAUGACGUGGCAAAAUUGGACCUUUGUGAAUUGAAAAGAGAAAUCGCGAUUUUUCGAAAUUCUUGGAAAAUUGCCAAUUUUUUUCUGAAAAAAUCCUAAUUUUCGCACCAAUUUUCAAUUUUUAGCGCAAAAUUUGAAUUUUUUGGAAAUUUUUAAAAUCUCAAUUUCCGCUCCAACAAAAACCACGUGGAAAAAUCCUAGGAUUUUUCAAAAAAUUGGCAAUUUUCCAAGAAUUUUUGUUUCAACAAUUUGAGUUUUGAAAAUUUUGAAAAAUCGUGUCCAACUUUGCCACGUCAUAACUCAUAUUAAGAGUUGAAUUUUGCAAUUUUAAACAUCGGAAUAGUGAUCAGCGGGUCAAAAAUGACUAGAAAACAUGUGUUUUCAAGUUAGCCUAAAUUCAAAACUUAGCCUAAAUUCAAUAAAUUUUUUUGCAGAAAGUAAUGGAAAAGAAACAUUUGGACACUCACUCAAUGGUCGAAGAAUUUAUGCUUCUCGCAAAUAUUUCGGUUGCUGAAAAGAUUUUGCAAGAAUAUCCAGAUUGUGCACUUCUUCGAAGACAUCCAGUUCCACUGAAAGAAAGUUAUAAACCAUUGAUUGAGGUAUGGGGUUUUUUGGGGGGAUUUUGACCAAAAUUGAAAAAUUUCUCUGAAUUUUGAAGUUCUGGAUUUUUCUGACGCAUUUCUAGUAGCUUGGAAAGUUGCUGGCAUCUUUCAAGCAGCUUAAGACUUUGUUGACGCCUUUCUAGUAGCUAGAAACUUUGCUGACGCGUUUCGAGUAGCUCGGAAAGUUGCUAGCGCGUUUUCAGUAGCUUGAAACUUUGCUGACUCUUUUUAAACAGCCCAAGAUUGCUGACGCGUUUCCAGUAGCUAGAGACUUUGCUGACGCGUUUCCAGUAGCUUGAAAAGUUGCUGGCGCGUUUCCAGUAGCCAGAAACUUUGCUGACGCUUUUCAAACAGCCUGAGACUUUGCUGACGCAUUUUUGGUAGCUAAACAAAUUUCUUGCACACAUCGAAAAAAUCUAUAAAUCUCUCAAUUUCCAGGCUGCACGCCAUCGUGGCUUCGAAAUCGUCAUCGAAUCCGGCAAAGGUCUUGCUGACAGUCUGAAUCGAUGUGUUGACAACAAAAAUCCGAUGUUGAAUCGACUUCUUCGAAUGUUGACAACACGAUGUAUGACACAGGCGGUCUAUUUCUCAGCUGGUGAGGUUUUAGCUCUUAAAGCGCUGCUCCUUGAAACCUAGGCUCUCUAGGAGCAGCUCCUUGACAUAGGAGCUGUCAAGGCGCGGCUCCUUGAAACAGUAAUUUUCCAGGAACCGUCCCUGUGCCACAAUAUCAACAUUUCGGACUAGCCUGCUCAAUUUACACCCAUUUCACAUCACCAAUCCGCCGCUACGCUGAUGUAAUUGUUCACCGCCUUUUGGCCGCUGCAAUCGGCGCCGAUUCCAUCCCAGCCGGACUUUUGAAUCAAUCAAAAUGCACCAAAAUCUGCCAAAACAUCAAUUAUCGCCACAAACAAGCACAAUAUGCGGGAAGAGCUUCUGUUCAAUUGAAUGUUGUCAGAUAUUUCAAAGGAAAAGUGGAGAUUUGUCAAGGAUUUGUGAUGGGUGUUAGGAAUAAUGGAAUUCAGGUGAGAAAAUUUAAAAAAAUUCGAAUUUUUUCCUAUUUUUUGACAUUUUUUUUUAUUUUUGUGUGGGAAAAAUGUGAAAAAAAUAGGAAAAAAAAUUUUUUUUUGUAAAAAAAGUUUAUUUUUUCCUAUUUUUUUCCACACAAAAAUGAAAAAUUGAAAAAAAAUGGUUUUUUUUAUUUUGCGAAAUGUUCAGAAUUAAUUUUUGUAAAAAAAACUAUAGUUUAUUAAAUAUUUUUUUUACAAUUUUUCAUUUUUGUGUGGAAAAAAAUAUAGGUUUUUGAGAUUUUCUAAAUCGAAAUUUCCCCAUAAUUUUUGAAAAAUUCUUCAAAUUUAAUUUUUGUAGAAAAAAAUUCGAUUCAGCAAAUGUCAAAAAAACUAUAUUUUUUUCCAAAUUUUCAUUUUUGUGUAAAAUUCUUCAAAAUUAAUUUCCAAAAAAAUCGAAUUUUCAGGUCUUCGUCCCAAAAUAUGGUCUCGAAUCGAUAAUUGUUCUCCACAACUCCUCAGAUUCAAAUACAAUUAUAGAUAUUGAAGAUAUGAGUGUUCGAGUUGAUGGAGAAGUUGUGAUAAGAGAAUUGGAACCAGUUACUGUUAGGAUUAGUGUAAAUGAGAAGAAUCAGCAGAGACCGAGAGUUGAGCUAAGUUUGGUGAAGCCUGAGAUUCCUGGAUUGUCGGUUGAUUUUGAUUUGUCGACUUCCGAAGGUCUUGGAUUAUAA